AAUCCCUUAGUAUUUUAUUUAGGGUAACCCUCUGCUUCGCCAGAUCUCUUGAAGACGAAAAGCCGUCGACUUUCUGACCUUGUAUGGUUCUUCGUCGUUUUGUAAGAUUGGAAGCUGUUGUUUCGAAUCGAUUCAAGCCUCAAAUCUGAGAGUUUUGGAUCCAUAUUAGAAGCCAAGUUUGGAGCUAUGGUGUGGUGUAACCAUUGUGGGAAGAACGUUCCCGGAAUACGCCCCUAUGAUGGUGCAUUGUCAUGUGAUUUAUGUGGCAGGAUUUUGGAGAAUUUCAAUUUUUCUACUCAAGUUACUUUCGUUAAGAAUGCUGCUGGACAGAGCCAAGCUUCUGGUAACAUAGUGAAGAGUGUUCAGAGUGGGAUGUCAAGCUCACGUGAAAGGAGAAUCAGAAUAGCUAUAGAUGAGCUUAUGAAUUUGAGAGACGCUUUGGGAAUUGGUGAUGACAGAGAUGAUGUUAUUGUCAUGGCUUCUAAUUUCUUUAGAACGGCACUUGAUCUUAAUUUCACUAAAGGCCGUAGAAGCGAGCUAGUACUGUCUUCAUGUCUCUACUUGUCUUGCAGGCAAUUAAAAUUUGCGGUUCUUCUUAUUCAUUUUUCAAGCUACCUUCGUGUUAGCGUUUACGAGUUAGGUUCUGUGUAUUUGCAAUUCUGUGACAUGCUCUACAUUACAGAAAACCACAACUAUGAGAAACUUGUUGAUCCUUCAAUUUUCAUUCCUCGAUUCACAAACAUGUUAUUGAAAGGUGCACACCGUAAGAAAGUCGUGGGAACAGUCGUGGACACGGCUACAGACAUUAUAGCUAGUAUGAAGAGAGAUUGGAUGCAGACCGGACGGAAACCAAGUGGAAUAUGUGGAGCAGCACUCUAUACAGCUGCACUUUCUCAUGGUAUCAAGUGCUCUAAGACAGAUAUCGUGAAAAUUGUGCAUAUAUGCGAAGCAACUCUAACUAAAAGAUUGAUUGAGUUUGGAAAUACCGAGGCUGCAAGUUUUACUGCUGAUGAGCUCAGUAAAACUGAAAGAGAAAGAAAAAAAGAAACGGAAUUGCGUAGUAAAAGGAAUCCAAUUUCUUACAAAGAAGGAGUAGUGCUCUGUAUGCAUCAAGAUUGUAAACCUGUUGAUUAUGGAUUAUGUAAGAGCUGUUACGAUGAGUUCAUGAAAGUUUCUGGUGGACUUGAAGGUGGGUCGGAUCCUCCCGCCUUCCAGCGAGCAGAGAAAGAGAGAAUGGAGGAAAAAGCUUCUAGAGAAGAAAACGACAAACAACUAAAUUCGGAUGGACAUUCGGAUGAAUCAAGCACCUUGUCUGACGUUGAUGAUAGAGAGUUGGAUUGUUAUUUUCGGAACCCAGAAGAAGUGCGCCAGGUUGAGAUCGUCUUUGAUCUAACAAACCCCGAAUAUAAUGAGAAGGAAGCAGCUAACGAAGCAGCAGCUUUAAAC